AUGCCUUUGGGAGGGUCCGUCCUCCGCUUUCUCCGCCAGGCCCUUCCAGCCUUGGAGGACUACAUCGGCCAUUUUGCAUCGCACGAAGAGCUGCUCCAGCUGGAGCCAGCCAACUUUGUUCAAGCCAAGGUGGACGGGGACAUCUCCACGCCAGAAGCGAAACAAUGCAUCUUAGAGCAACAGCAGAAGGAGCUCGAGGUUCUGGAUUCCAUCCCCGAGUCCGUGGUCAUCGGCCUCUACGAGGUCUCGUGCCACGAGAUCCGCAAGAGCUUCGCGGGCAAGCACAGGAAGAUCCAAGAACUGCUCCUGGAUAUGCUCUUGACCCGAUUCCGCGAUGGUGCGCAGGAGAUCGUGGAUGGCUAUUCAGGGAUUUUCUCGCAGCUGAGAAAGACACCCAAGGAUAUUGAGGAAGUGGCCAACAUGCGGGAGUACAUUGCGACCAUCCCGGCGGAGAUACUGAAGCUCGCUCCAGAGACCAAGAGGUGCUUGGAUACCUAUAUGGUUCUGGAGGAGUUUGGAGUGCAACUCACCGCCGACGACUUCUACCAACGCUGGCGGGUCUUCGGAUGUCCCAAGUCCACGUACGACCUGGUGUCCAAGGUGGAGGAUGACAUCAAAGAGUUGGAGGCGCAGUUCGAAGCGGCCCAGAUGCAAGAGCAGGCCGACUUCGAUGAGAGCAUCGUGGACAUGGCCAAGACCAUCGAGAAUUUCUCUCAAUAUUCGGUCGCUCGUUGCCAGCGGCACGAGCAGAAUUGGUGGGCGCAGAAGUGCGUGGAGCUUCAAGUGGAUGGACACGGGACAGACUUUGAGAAGCUGGAAGAGAUCCACGAGAACGUGGAGAGUGUCAACGAGCGCUUGAAAUCCGCAGCAUCCCAAGCGAAGCUCUUCAACUCGCGCGAAGCGCUUUUUGGAAAGGAGGUCACAGACUAUGGCAUGAUCGCGCAGCUCACCAAAGAGUCGGAGAGACCUAGUGCGCGAUGCACUGGGGACAACAUUGGAAAGCUCAUGCGCAGUGAGACCAUCGCGCCUGUGCCGACCUCGUCGGUCCCCUCCUUCCUCCGACACAUCGAUCCGACGGAAGAAGGAGGGUCGUCCACCGGACCGUUGCCAGUUGGGACGGUCUGGGGAGGAGUGGACCUUUUCAGCAAGUGGAUGCCAAGUUCUGCGAGAGCAGCGUCACGGCAGAUGCCUCAGGGAGAGUGGAGCGAUGAGCGAAGCCUAGGUGCGAACCGUGGAUCGUAUCGCGAGUUGGUUUGGGUAAUGAUCUUUGAGUCGACCUUAUCCCUGAGCAACGGAUCCCAAGUCUUGCGGCACAUCGUGCACGGCUUUACGAGCAGCGCAUGUCUGACAUAUGCACAGCUGGCGGGCGCCAAGACACUCUACAAGGCGGUCAAAGCUUUUGAGAAGCGCGAGAACUGUGAUGAGGUGCUGCAGAUUGCAAAGAACAUCAAGGAGCAAAUUGAUGACUUUGUUCCCAAAGUGCCCUUGGUGGUGGGACUGAAUCCGGGCAUGGCCGAUCGGCACUGGGAACAAGUGUCGAAUCUGAUCGGGACGCCCGUGCAACCCACGAUGGAGAAUUUCACCUUGGAGAACUUCAUUGAGCUCGGCUUGGUGCCUCAUGCUGCAGCCAUCGCGGACAUCGGCGACCGGGCCGGCAAGGACGUACGGAGCCGUUUGUGGACGUGGAAGGCGGAGCGGAGCCACAAGGUCCAAUGUCCCUGUGCCAUGUCGCACCAGGAGAGAAACAUUGAGACGCAGCUCAAGACGAUGCAGGCUGCCUGGGACAAGGUCUUCUUCGACUGCAGCGAGCCUUACCGGACAACGGGCACGUACAUCCUCAAAGGUGCUGACGAGGUUAUGGCCGUCUUAGAUGAACAGAUCGUGGUCACCCAGGCGAUGCAGUUUUCGCCCUUCAACAAGCCCUUCAAAGAGGAGAUCGACGAGUGGAACGAGAAGCUCAUGUAUGUGUCAGAGUGCUUGGAUCAAUGGCUGAAAGUCCAACGAGCCUGGAUGUACUUGCAGCCGAUCUUCGAUUCGCCUGACAUCAUGAAGCAGCUGCCGACAGAGGGCAAAAAGUUUAAGGUCGUAGAUGGAAAAUGGCGGCAAACCAUGAGCCGUGUCCAUGCCAAUGGCCACGCGCUCACGCAAUGUACACAGGAAGGCUUGCUGCAGCAGUGGCAAGUGGUGAACAAGGAUUUGGAUAUGGUCCAAAAAGGCUUGGACGAUUAUUUGGCCACGAAGUGUGCUGCCUUCGCGCGGUUUUACUUCCUCUCCAAUGACGAGCUUUUGGAGAUCCUUUCCCAGACCAAGGACCCCUUGCGUGUGCAGCCCUUCCUGUCAAAGGUCUUCGAGGCGGAGUUGUUGCUGAAUGUUGAUGAGUCCUCUCUGAGCGUUCGAGGUUUCCCUCAGAUCUUUUUGGGCAACCAGCCAGUGGCGCGCCGCGCCGGUGCGAUGAAGAAGCUGACCUUCACUGACUCUUUGGUCGCUACACAGAUGCACUCCAAAGAGGGGGAAAUCAUUGAUUUCGUGAACCCAGUCUCCACGAAAGACAAGAAUGUGGAGACCUGGAUGACCGCUGGGGCACCUGUGGUCACUGGGCAUCCGGACGUGCGCCACGAGUCUCCCGCCAUGGGGGAUGAAUCGAAGAUGACCAUGGACGCCGUGGCGGAAUUGGUGUUUGAGCAGUUCCAUGAAGAGAAGUUUCAAGCAGAGGUCGAAUCCUUUAUCCUCACCCAUUUCGAAGAGUUUGCGGUGGCUUUGCCGGAUGGCAGCUGCCCCAUGCAUUGGGUGACCACACAUCGGAAGUACAAGCAGAUCUAUGAGAAACGACUGCUGAAGAUCUUGGACGACUGCGAUGCAGAAGCGACCAGCUUCAUGGACCGUUGCGGGAGGAAACAGCUUUUCGGCGGCUCCCCGGGCGUGCGCUGUGGGCGGAAAAGCCUCCAUGGCGCCGUCUUCGCGCAGCCGCUGUGGGCGGCGCUGCGGGCGGCGGCGUCCCAGGGGGCUCAAGCUGCCAGAGCCGCCCUUGUUGGUGGCUGGGGCGAUUGGCCCUUGUGCAUGUGCCUGGUCACGCCUCUACGCACCGCCCUCUCGUUGGCGAGCCAACAGCCCCACGCGACGGCCUGGCAGAUCUACAGUUCGAUCUGGCAGCAGGGCCCAGCUACAGCUUGGACCGGAGCGACGAUCAACCUCCUCACCAGCAGUCCCAUGUUCAUCGUGCUUGGCCCUUUGUAUCAUUUCUGGAAGGAACGUGUUGGAGGAGUCAUGGCCGUGGUUUUCUCUUCGAUGGUCGAGUCACUUGUGACGUAUGGGCCGCAAACCGUCACAGCGCAGAUGGCGGUUUGGGGGCACAGAAGUACCUCCAUGGCCGAGGUGCUUUGCCCCUAUGGGCCGGGUGUGGUGAUCAUGACGUUGAGGAAUGCCGUCGCGAUGAGUGGGAUCCGACUGCUGAGCGAGCCCUUCGAAAGGGCUUUGCUGUGGGGAAUUGACCAGCUUAGUUUGCCGAUGCCCAAGGGGAUGGUGACCUUUAUGGCGGACUUAUUGGCUUCCUCGGUCACAUCGAUACUCAGCGCGCCCCUCAAUCAACUCUAUACAUUUGCGGUGAUUGACCUGGAAUACCAACAGGCAGGGUACUUGGAGAAGUGGCCGCUGUGUUGGCUCUUCUUGUCAAGCACCUACUUGGUCUGGGGCAACGAUGGGCAUUGGCAUGGCUUCUCAAGCACUUUGCCUCGGGACUUGCUCUUGCGAUGUGUUUUCCACGCUACCCUAAUGAGCUUGUUCGCAUUGGCGGAAAGGAUCUCAGUGAAUCUUUGGGCCAGGUUUGAUCCUGCCAACCUGUCGGAUGCGGACGGCCUCGGGGCGGAACUGUCCAUUGCAAACGCAAAUGACGCUGAUGGGAUUUGUCCAUCUCUGGGCUACAAGAAUCGUGUUCAUCAGCGGUUCCGCAGCGUAGGCUCGUGCGAGCACGUGGCUUCCAUGGCCAAGCCAGGGAAGGAAGCCAACCAGGAAAUCUCAAAGACCCGAGCAAUGGACUACUUGGGUGCCUGCUGCGAGGUCUACGGCGAGGAUCCUGGCUUCCAACGGCUUUGGGCAGGUCUCACGGCCGGCGAAGAUUUCCAGGCCUUCCAGCAACUCAUGUUCGAUGCCGUGCGAGAGAAUUGGGAGCCAGAUGAGCACCAACUGCCGACUCCGGGGUACCAGUUGCACCAGGUCGACGUGGCGAUUCCGGAAGGCGCUGCGCCGGGCACCCUGCUGCGAGUCACCUACCUGGGCUACGCCCAUGAAGUGCCUGUUCCCCCAACCGCUGAGGGUGCCGCCCGUGUCGCGCUGCAAGUGCCCCUGCCGGCGCCGCCCCCCGCGGCGGCGUGGCAAGCGCCAGUGGAAGUGGAAAAUGAGAUGAUCUCUGGUGUGCGCAACGUUUGUCGCAUUGGAGUGGAGUCAUACCCAGAGCUGCCACGCACCGAGUGGGUCUUGCAGAAUCCGGGACAAGUUUGCCUGAACUCCAGCCAAGUUCAUUGGACUGCUGAAGUGGAAGAUGCCAUUAAAAACCACACGGUGGAGAGCUAUUUCACCCGACUCAGCGAACAACUGCUGGACCUGGUGCGCCUGGUACGAGGCGACAUCACUAAGCUCCAGAGGGAUGGCAACACCUUUGGCAAAGCUUGGGUCCAUGAGGGACCUGUUGAACAGUGGCGUGGAGCCUUGGCCGCGGCCAUUCUUUUCGGGAUGCAUUCCGCCUGGUACCAUACCACAUCCAUGGUGGAGGAUCAGGAUGACCUAGACUUCACCUCUGACCUCUACGCGCUCACCGAAAGUAGCACCGAUGAGCUCUUGAACUCUUGGAAGGUCUUUACCGUCCUCAAGGACGACAGUGACCAACACCGACGCUUGGAGAACGCCGCCUGGCGGCUCCAUGCCAUGCAGCGGCUGCAGAAGACACCCACCUUCGAGGCUGCCUCGAAGGAUUCCUGGGCAGCGGAUCAGCUCUUGGGGGUGUGCUUGAAGAACAACUUGAAGAAUGAGACCAUCGAUGACAUCCUACAGGUGCUCCAGCACAUGAACUUCCAACCGGAAGAUGUGCCGAACACGUCCCGUGAGUUGCGAGAACUGCCUCACGAGACGCGCCCGGUGUGUGCCAUCUUCACGCACAGCUUGGAGAGGAACGGCGCGAACAAUUUCUGCCUCUACAUCGCGAGAUUGCUGAAGAAGAGUCAGCCUUUGACGGUUUUUUCGCCCAAGGCCGGGCCCAUGAAGGAAGACUUCGAAAAGUUGGGUUUGGAGGUGACCAUCGUCGACACGACCGCGCCGAGCUUUCUGAAAGAUCUCAGCGGGGCCUUGCGGGAGCGAAAGGUGGGCCUGGUGUUGGCCAACACGAUCAUGCGAUGCGACAUCAUUUUGAUGGCCGCGGAGCUUCAGAUGCCCAGUGUUUGGGUGAUCCAUGAGUCCUGGCCCCAGGACCAGCUGGAUCACUAUGCCAAGGAGGUCUUCAUGUGCAAAGACAUCGAUGCAGCAGUGAUCAAGAGAGCCUUUGCUGCGGCGGGCACCAUCGUCUCCCCUUCCGACAUGCAGCGGCACUUGUACGACGGCAUGUUCCGACCUGAGGCCGGGCAUACCAUCUACAAUGGGAUCCCCCUUCAGCAGCUGAACCAGUUCAAGCAGAAGGAAGAUCGCAGAAAAGUGCGAGCAGCCUUGGGCUACACAGAUGAAGACUUCGUGGUGUUGCACCUGGGGACCGUUUGCAGCAGGAAAGGUCAAGUCUUCUCGGCCACCGCCUGCUCCAAGCUCAUUCAAGAGGACGGCUGCAAGAACCUGAAGCAACUCAUCGUGGGCGCACGAUACAUUCGGGAUCACGAGAUCAAAUACAUCGACGAGAUCUUUAAGGUGGCUGCCUCACAUGGAGUGUCCUGCAAGCGUUGGGAGAACCUGACGGAGGAUGAGAUCGGAAAGCCACAGAUCACCAUCAUGGACAUCCAGGCGGCGGUCUUACGCUUCUACAUGGCCGCUGAUGUGGUUCUCGUCGCCUCGCUCAACGAAGUGCUGCCGCUGGUGAUUUGCGAGUCCAUGGCUUUCGAGCGCCCCGUGGUGUGCAGCGACAUCGAUGCGAUCCCAGAGGCCUUGACCGAUGGCGUAGAGGGCUAUUUGGUGCCGCCGGCGAACGCAGAUGCCAUCCGGCAGAAGGUCUUAAAGCUCUACCGUGAUCCGGAGCUCCGACGCCGUAUGGGCCAGGCUGGAAGAGCCCGUGUGUUGCGACAGUUCAGCUAUGAGCACAUGGGCGAGCGCUACCGGGAACUCUUGGACACCGUACGCAGUUCACCUUCAUCGGUUCCGGUGACACAAGGCUUGAGUGAGUUGAAGGGGAAGACGGUGCUGGUGGACAUGGACAACACCCUGGUGGACUGGGACGGCGAGUUCAUCCGCCGCUUCGCCAAGGCCAGCGGCCGAGCCAUCGAGGAGGUGGAAGAGAUUGUGCGGAACCGAAAGAAGUUCGAGAUUGAGGAGAAUUUCCCCGAGGCGGACCGUGCGCUGGUCUUGGACGUCAUCGCCUCUCCGGGCUUCUACGAGGUCUUAGAGCCCCUCCCCGGGGCGGUCGAGGCCUUGAGCACUCUGGUGACUUCUGGUGUCGACGUGAAGUUGCUCAGUGCUCCACAUCCCGUGUGCGCCGCGAGCUGCGCGAGGGAGAAAUUCCUCAGCGUGGAAAGGCUGUUGGGUGAGGAGUUCCUCGAGAGGUUGAUUAUCACCCGCGACAAGACGCACGUGCAAGGGGAGAUCUUGGUGGAUGAUAAGCCUCAGGUCACUGGACGAAAGGCGGCCGUGUGGAAACACGUGCUCUUCAACCAAUCCUACAACCAGGACGUGCAGGGCAAAGUGAGGAUGCAUUCUUGGUCGCAAUGGGCUGAGACCUUGCCAGGACACCUCAGAGCUUCCUUUCAGAUGAUUUUCUCGCUCUUUGUCAGGAUGAGCAUCGGGGCCUUGGUAGUCAUUGAUGUCCACGCGAAGGAUACUGUGGAGAAGUUGGCCAAGGAGAAGAUCGACGAUUGCAUGUCGUUUGAAUGGAUCUCUCAGCUUCGCUACUAUUGGGAGAUGGACGACCGCAACGCUGAGAACAUGUGGGUGCGAAUGGUGCAGACUCCGUUCCCCUAUGGCUACGAGUAUUUGGGCAAUUCCUUCCGUCUGGUGAUCACACCCUUGACUGACAUGUGCUACAUGACAUUGAUGGGUGCCCAAAGCCUCAACCUGGGCGGUGCGCCGGCGGGGCCCGCGGGGACCGGAAAAACGGAGACCACGAAGGACUUGGCCAAGGCACUGGCGAAGCAGUGUGUGGUGUUCAACUGCUCUCCGGAGAUGGAUUACCUCAUGGUGGGGAAGUUCUUCAAGGGUUUGGCCUCCAGUGGUGCUUGGUGUUGCUUCGAUGAAUUCAACCGCAUUUACAUCGAGGUGUUGAGCGUCAUUGCGCAGCAGCUGUUGCAGCUUUUCAGCGCCAAGCGAGAACUCACCAGCUACAACGACACCGUGGAGCUGGAGUUUGACUCCACCUUGAUCACCAUGAAACCAACGUUUAACGUCUUCAUCACGAUGAACCCCGGAUAUGCCGGCCGCAGCGAACUUCCGGACAACCUGGCCGCACUCUUCCGACCAAUGGCCAUGAUGGUGCCCGACUAUGCGAUGAUCGGUGAAAUCAGUUUCUAUGCCUUCGGCUUUGAGAAGGGCCGGCACUUAGCCAAGAAGAUGGUCACCACAUUCCAGCUCUGUAGUGAACAGCUCUCUGCUCAGAGUCACUACGACUAUGGCAUGCGCGCGGUGAAGACCGUGAUCGAAGCGGUAGGGCUCAACAAGCGGAAGUAUCCGGAUCAGAGCGAAGCACAGAUCCUGCUACGAGCCUUGCAAGAUGUGAACGCCCGGGUGCCCAAGUUCUUGAAGGAUGACUUGCCACUCUUCUACAACAUCAUCUCAGAUCUCUUCCCAGGAGUUGAGAAGCCUGCUAUUGACUACGGAAAGCUGGAUGAGAUGGCUCAAGAGAAGUCGAAAUCCUUCAACUUGCAACCUACGGAUUACUUCAUCAAGAAACAGUUUGAGCUCUUUGAUAUGAUCCAGGUGCGCCAUGGCAUGAUGCUGGUGGGACCCACCGGUGGUGGCAAGACCUGCUGCUACCGGACCUUGCAGGCUGCUUGCACGGCCCUGGUGGAACCAAAGGACACGGAGUCGCCGUUCCAGAGGACUCACGUGCACGUGUUGAACCCCAAGGCCAUCACCCAGAAUCAGCUCUAUGGCGCGUUCGAUGAGGUGACGCGCGAGUGGUCGGACGGGGUGGCAGCGGAGUUGAUCCGGAAUGCCACACGUGACAACCACAACCCCGAUCAUCACUGGGUGAUGUUCGAUGGUCCGGUGGAUGCUUUAUGGAUCGAAAGUAUGAACACGGUGCUGGAUGACAACAAGAAGCUUUGCCUGGUGAGUGGCGAAAUCAUCGCCUUGACAGCGAAGAUGCGGAUGCAGUUUGAGGUGGAAGAUUUGGAAGUGGCAUCGCCGGCCACUGUCUCCCGCUGUGGCAUGAUCUACAUGGAGCCUGAGAGUCUUGGCUAUCAGCCCUUCUUCGACUCCUGGCUGCAGACCUUGCCAGAGACUUUCUCCUUCAAGCCAGUUUUGGAAGACACCUUGCGGAAGCUCUUGACGGAUUGUGUGGCAGAACGCCACUCCUGGGACCUUCAGACACCCGACCCCCGUGCAGACCGACCGGACCGCGCCCCGACCGCCAUGGCGAGCACGGCGCAAAGGACAUGGGAGCUGGAGAACCAGGUAGUUCAAGUGGAUGAUGCUCAGAUCUACGCCUUCGAUCAGUCUGAACAAGACGCCAUCUUUGAGAAGAAGCCUUGGAAGGAGGACGUGAACUUCUUCAAGUCUGUGCGCAUGUCCGCGGUGGCCAUGAUCAAGAUCGUGAUGCACGCCAAGUCUGGCGCACCUCUAGAAGUCAUGGGCCUCAUGCAGGGCAAGGUCACCGCAGAUCGCGAGUUUAUCAUCAUGGACGCUUUCCCUUUGCCAGUAGAGGGCACUGAGACACGCGUGAAUGCCGGUGCGGGCGCCAAUGAGUUUAUGGUGACCUAUACCGAGACCAGUGAGCGCAUUGGCAAGGUGGAGAACAUAUGUGGAUGGUACCAUUCCCAUCCAGGCUAUGGAUGCUGGCUGAGUGGGAUCGAUGUACAAACACAGAUGACCUACCAACAGCAUCAAGAGCCCUUCCUGGCCGUGGUAGUGGACCCGGUGAGGACCUGCGCCUCCGGGAAGGUGGACAUCGGUGCUUUUCGGACCUACCCGGCGGGGCAUCAGCCACAAGAGGACGGGCCCAAUGAGUACCAACCCAUCCCCUUAGAUAAGAUCGAAGACUUUGGAGUUCACUGCAAGCAGUACUACAGCCUUCCGAUCGAAGUCUUCAAGAACAGCUUGGACAACACCAUCUUGGAGCUACUGUGGAACAAGUACUGGAUCGACACCUUAUCCAGCUCCCCCUUGUUGCACAACCGGGGAUUUUGCAAUCAGAUGAUCCAGGACUGCGUGCAGAAGAUGGACCAGAUCGACAUGACUGCAGUGUCUCAGUCCCGGUUCCGCGUGGCGAUGAUGGAGCCCCGGAAGCGGAAGGACGAGAGUUUGCUGAACAAGGUCGCCAUCGAUGCCUCAAAGAACGCCGGCGAACAAGUGCAGGGGCUCACCAGCCAGGUCGUGAAGUUCGCCCUUUUCCAGGGACGUGCAUCCUGUUCCUGUCGGCACGAGACCGAGCAGCCGACACCUAUGGAGAGUUGAGAUGUACAGCCCAGCAGUGGACAGCAGUGGGCAUCGGAUCAAAAGGAAG